AUGGAAGCUCUGGAUCCGGAAGCUCGGGAUCAGGAUCGUCGGGAAGUGGAAUCGGUGCUUCUAACCCUAACGAAAUCGACAGUGCUGAUCACGAAUGGGCCCAAAGCACUCGAGCUCCACGUAACAACAUCAGCUGCUCAAUUCUUGAACCCCCUGGCUGGAGAUGCCCAAGGAAAGAUCUUCCCCUCGCAAUGCCCGACAACCUGCGCACCAUGUGCGGCUUGUGAGCAAGAAGAUGAACAUAGCUCGAGGGGGCGGAGACAGGCCCAAAACUCCGUGAGCCUCCAGGUGCCGCUUGGGGAGUGCAGAGCGAAAAGAGAUCGAGUGGUAACCCCUCCCGGCGUGUACGUCUCGUUCGUGGCGGUCAUCUCCUUCCACGAGAGCUUCAUCACCAAGCUCGAUCGUGCCUAUCAUAUCCGAUGCGCCUAUCAGGAAUCAAAUAAGACUGUCGAGACAAGCAUCGAUGUCAGUAACCCACCGGCAGAAGACUUGCCUGGCCAAGUUCCACCCCCGCAAUGUCGAUACCGUUUGAAAACCGCUGACGGUGUGGAAAUCCGAAAUACGAAUGUCCAAGUGGGAGAUGUUGUCCGGCACGAGUGGAGUUGCGACACGCCAUUAACAGACAUGUUCGGGCUCCACGUCCAUUCGUGCUACGUCGAAGACGGAAAGGGCGAUCGCCAGUUGUUGAUCGAUGAGAAAGGAUGCUCUGUCGACACUGACGUCAUCCCAAACCCCACCUACUCCUCCUCAUCCCUCCUCGCCCAGGUCGACGCGUUCGUCUUCAAAUUCCCCGACCGGGAGACGCUCGACUUCCAGUGCAGCAUGUCACUGUGCACACAUACGGACAACAGCUGCGACGGGCUUACGCCCCCAGUCUGCGGCGGUACUUCUGUAAGCAGAGUCCGGCGCCAGACUACAAAUUCUACGCGUCGAACCCCGGAAUGGACGUUACACUCCCCAACGUUGACGGUGGUUGACAUUGACAACAAUAUGGACCGGACUUCGCCAUCCGCCUGGGCCUUACCCCCACCCGCCGUGGCCCCCUCCGAGCUGUGCCUGUCCAUAGGCGCAUUCGGAGUGCUAAUCUCGGCUUCAACAUUCCUGGCCACAAUCUCCAUCGGCGCCAUCAUUGCCUUCAUCUUCUAUCGAAAGCAAACCACCUAC